AUGGUUUCUGCACGAACUCUGCGGCCUCUCUUUGCCUCUCUUUCCGGGCCCAUACGACUCCCUCCGUCUCGUCGCACUCUCAAGACUUUACCCCUCUUCUCCCUCGAAGACAAAACAUGCGUCGUGACUGGGUCUGCUCGGGGACUGGGAAAGGAGUUCCUCACAGCUUUUGCUCUCUCCGGCGCCAGAGGAGCGUGCAUUGACUUGUCUCUGAAGGACUGCGAAUCGUCCAUUGCCUCUAUAGCCUCUCAAGUACGAGACACCUACCCAAAUGACCCUGCUCCCGAACUUCGUGCCUACGAGUGCAAUGCAACCAUCGAGUCAGACGUGAAGACAACCUGGGCAAAGAUCGUUGAGGACUUCGGGAAAGUCGACGUUCUUGUCACAGCCGCUGGAAUCGUAGAUAACGUCGAGGCCGAGAAUUAUGAAUAUGCCCGGUGGCGGAAGAUGUUGGACAUCAACAUUGAGCAAGUUCAGCCCACUCUCGGCUCAUGGCUUUUCGCCCGUGAAGCUGGCAAGCACAUGCUCCAACACAACAUUCAAGGCUCCAUAAUACUAAUUGCAUCCAUGUCUGCAACUAUCUGUGUCCGUCCUCAAAAGCAAGCCGCAUACAACACCUCCAAGGGUGCUGUACAGAUGCUCGCUAAAUCCCUGGCAACGGAAUGGGGCCCACGGGGCCUCAGAGUCAACAGCCUGAGUCCAGGCUACAUGAAGACGGAUCUUAUAAAAGGAUUGCUGGAAAAUGAAGGAAAAGAACUCGUGAGCAGUUGGGAGAAGGACAUUCCCAUGGGAAGGAUGGCUGAACCUCAUGAGCUGAGAGGCACAAUCGUUUGGAUGGCGAGUGGAGCGAGUAGUUACUUGAACGGCAGUGAUGUGAUCGUGGAUGGCGGAUAUACUGCUUGGUAA